AUGUCUGAAGGAGACGUGUCUCUGAUUCGUGACGAAGACGUGCUGCGUCGGAUGUGGCAGCAGACUGAAGAUUUUUCUCGGAAAAAAGAAAUUCGGGCGCACAUGUAUAGACUGAGAGAAGAGCGUCUGCGCAACCUUUACUCGCCAGAACCUGGCGCUGAAGCUAAAGGUUGUGAGUUUUCAUCAACGCAAGGUCAUGUGAAAUCAUUCGCUGACCAGAGCUUCCAAUCGAUGAAGAGCAAGGAAGUUCGAGACGCGGGCUCCCCCCCCAAGGAGUUCACUUACCGCGGCCAAGAUCUAAAGGAGCUUUCUAAUGCUGGAUGGAACGUUGAAUCUGAGAAUAGAACAACUGACGAUGGCCACACUCAUGUGAAGUCUGUUCACGCUAAUAUUGAGGGCCGGUACGAUGUCGAUGGUGGUCAUGGCCAGUUCGCAGCUGUGGAUCACACCAAACAAGCUGUCACUGAGUAUGAUGAUGGUAACACUAGCCUCAAACGCAACGAAAACGUUUCUGAUACUGCAGCACAUGAAGAAGUUGUACGAAAAACUGAUGACGGCACACAUUUUUCGUCAACAAAAAGUUCAUCGACUUCUUCAUCUAAAUUCGAACAGAUUUCAUCUAAACGAGAAACAGUACCUUAUAAAAUUACGGGCGACUACGAUCUAUCUUCACAAAAAUCCUUUGAUACUAACCGCAACGAAAAAAUAACAUCGAAUGAAUAUACGAAAACAACUAACUACGAACAAAAUUUGAGGACUGAUUUCGAUCAAGGCGAUUUAAUAUCACGAAAGAUAGAUUAUCCAGAUGAAAAUACAAAAGUUAUAGUGGAGACUAGGUGUCUUCCUGAUGGAACAAGGGUGACUAGUACUCGUCGUGAGUUUCGUGCUCCUGCGGUUCAGACUAGCCAUUCUGAAGAACAUUCUCAUCAAGUCAGGUCUGAAAAUAAGUCUUCGUCCUAUUCUUCAUCACAGAAACGAACACAUGUUGAUGAGUCAACUUCAAACAUUGUUCAUGAACAUUUUGAAGAUAACACAAAUAAUAUAGUGGAUUCCCAGAAGAUAAUUGACGACUAUGAUUUUAAAAGAAACAAGGAUAUUGACUCUUUGAUAAAUAAAAAAGAUAAUUAUAAGUAUGACGCUAACAUUGACAAUUCAACUGAACGAAAACAAGAAAGUAAUGACAAGAUUAGGAGUACCCACCAUGAGGUAUACACAUCCCAAAAUGAAGACUACUCUCAACGUAGAAAUAUGAGCGAGAUGCAGUCUGUACAAGACGUAAACGAACGCAUGCAUAGCACUGUAAAGAAAACUCAUUCUGUAAAAAAUGUCGAAGACUAUACUGAUCAUACUAUGAACAAAACAGAAUCUGUACAAGAUAUCAAAAAUCGCACAUAUAAUACCGUCAAUAAGAAUCAUUCUGAUAAUAAUGUUGAACAAAAAACUCACAAUAUAAUCCGAGAGAAUGUUGUCAUUGAAAAAAAAUCUGACCAAUAUCAAUCAACAUACCAAACUGAUUUUUCACAGAAAAAAAUUAGCAACGACUGGAGUCCUGCGCACCAAGCCUGGGCUAGCACGCUUCGUUCGGACACACCGUCUCGACCAUCUACAAGAGCUUCAUCUCCAGGAAGUAAAACUUUUAAAUCGAGUACUUCUUCCUUAAGAAGCAGCGUUAGCCCGGAUAAAACCUACAGGAAGCCCUCUAGUCGCGGUAACAGUCCAAACAAAAUAGACAGACUUUCUCCUACUCACAUAAUUUCUGAGAAAUAUUCGAGUACAAAUUCAUCUUCAUCAGUGGUGGAGAGAACAAAAAAAUCCACUAGUCCCGAUAGAAAAACACAAGAUUGCCAUCCAUCAAGGUCCAGUACAAGCCCAGAAAAAUACUAUCCUAAUCGAAGUUCCAGUCCAAGUCAAAAUUCACAACGUAAUGACACACCACGAGCGGAUUCUAAUACAUCAAAGUCAACUUUUAAACCCAAAGAAAAAUCUACGUCUCCUCAAAGACCAUAUUUGAAUGCUGAGAGAGAACCUACCAAUCAAACUAUUCCACCCACACAAAAUGUUACUGGUCCGCGUGACUCUUCACCACAAAAAUUUCUAAAAUCUGAUUUUAAAAACUCUGAAGUGCCUGUAAUGGAUGAGCGACCUGUUAAAUAUUAUACACCUGAUUUUUCGCCUACUAAAACAAACCCUGUCAACGAAAUGCCAAGAAAACAAAGCCUUAGUCCUGAUCGUAAAACUAGACAUCAGAAACCAUCAUCACCAACUAAAAGCGCAACAGAACCUAUACAAAGACAGUACAAGGAACCAUCACCUGUACGAAAAUUACCGCAAGAAGCAAAAGCAACUGAUGAUUGUCUACCAGGUUAUAUGAAACCCACUGCUUCCAGCAAACCUAAGUUUACUGAUAAUCCAUCACCUACACAAAAAUAUUCUGAGAGUACUAUAAAUGCAUUUGAAAAACCUUCUAAAAGUCCAGAACGUCGAGGUUAUGAUAGAACAGUGCAUAAAAUCAAAGAAGAUCAUUACAAAUUUAUCGAUGAAGAAACAAAAAUGUACUCUGUAAGUAACAAUCGUCAAACAAUAGAAACAGAAACUAACGAACCGACUUCAGCUCCCGGUAAGUUGAAAGUUUCUGACUCUUUGGAUUCUUUGGAUAAUGACCAAUAUCUUAAAAGCCGUUCACCUAGUCCAGAAAAAUGCUCCAAUGAAAGCCCUUCCUGUUGGCCGAAAAGACCUAAUGAAGAUAUAUCAAAUAUUAAUGACACUCUGCAAGAACCUGAACAGAUUUCAAAAUCUCGUAGUUCACCUACAAGAAUUUUAGCCCAAAAUAUAACUAAACCAGAUAAUUCUUCAAGACCGAAGGACUUGCUACGACACAGUAAGAGCCCGUCUCCUACGAGACAAAGGCCAACUACUUCUGAGCUACGUCAUGAAUUUACAACUUAUAAAAGCAAGUCACCAAGUCCUGAAAAGUCUCCAUCUCCUAAAAGACAUAUUUUCAACAAAGAAAAAUUAUAUGAAGAAAAAGAGUUAUCACCCAACAAAAAAUCUUCGAUUCCCUCAAAACCUAUAAUUCAAGAUACUGGUAAACCUGAUAAGACGCUUAAAAAUGGAGAUACCUUACCUGAAACUACCUACAGUCCUACGGAAGAUCGAGCCCCCCUACGUAAUCGCAAGCCUUCGCCAGUUAAAAAUAAUCAAAAAGCGACCAAAGUUGAUAAAAUUAGCGGAAAACAAAUAACCACUAUGGAUACUGUUAUACAUGCUACGUCUAAACAUAUUGAAACUACUGAUAACUUUAGCGAUCAUACAUUGAAACAGAAUCAUGUUACGUUAAUUAAUGAUGAGGCUACAGAAAGACAAACGUCGCCAAAAAGGGCAGCAUCGCCAACUAAAUUUGGAACUUUCGAUAAAAAACUGCAGCACCAUGGACGUUUCGAAGAUAAGCAAGAUAUUCCAGAGAAGAAAAUACAACCGGACAAGCCAAAAACUGAUCAAACCCCAUCUCACACACUCUUAAAUAAAUCUCCUAGGAAUAGUGUUUCGCCUUCUAAAGUAUUAUCAAAAGAAAUUAAAUAUAAACAAGCGUCUGAUUUUAUUAACCAAGAAAAGAACUUUGAAGAGAUUAAUAAACAUACUCUAAAGGAACGUCCAAGACAGUUAGUAACGCCUUCAACAAGCCCAACAAGAAAACCAAAAAGUACUGAAAUUCCAACUUCAUCGGGACAAAGUUCCCCGACAACAUCUUGUGGUUUUGAAUAUUUCCCAGCUUCUCAAACUAAAACAAUCAUUACAGAUUUGGAUAAUAAAGAUUUUUAUGCACAAAAUACAAAAUAUAACCAGAAUGAAGAAGAAAAAAGUGUAAACAAUCAAUCUUCAUCAAAGAUACCUUGUAGAUCACCUUCGCCAGAAAAACAUCCCACAAAAGAAACACUACCUAGAAAAAGUUCUCUAAAAAAAACAGUAAGUAAUCAGAUGUCCCCAACCGAAAAACCACCAUCAAAUUUUCUUGUUUCACCUAAUGUCGAAACUAAAGAAUUUACAGACCACAAAGUAGUUAUACAAGAUCACCCCAUUAAACAAAGCGACAAGCCUGUUAAACCUAAGCCUCCAUUUGAAAGACGUGAAACAUAUGAAGAAAGAUGCCGAAAAAUUUUAGGUAUGAUAGAGACAGAUACAAGAGAAUCCGAAGAAACCACUAACAAGCAAGCAUCCGAACUGAGCUCACCUAGUGUAUCUCCUUGCCGUAGCCCUUCGCCAAAGAAAAACUCAUUAUUUAAUAAAAAUGUUACAGAAGAAACUGAGAUAACAAAUGUUGACAAAUUUUCAUCUUAUGAAUGUGAAGAUGAUAGUGGAAAAAACGUUAAUCUUAACAAUAUUUGUGAUAACCGUAAGAUAAGCAAAAUUCCUACAAGAGAAACAUCUCCUACUAAGCUUCAGGACAUCACUGGGGAAAAACAGGAAUCAAUCACUUCUAUCAAAACAACCACUUUUGAUACAAAAGAGUCGAUUAAAAAGGAAGUUUCUGAAAAAUUACAUGAAAAAUCUAAGUAUCUUAGAUCAAGCCCUGAAAAGAAAAUUGAAGAGCAAAAUAUUUAUGGUAAGUUCGAUGUACCAGAUAAUAUACGCCAUCCAAUUAAGCAGUCGAAACCUACGGAAGUAAUUAAGCAUCCUGAGAGUCCAGUAAGUAAACAAUUAGUAAAUGAUGAUAAAGGUGUCGAUACUAAAACUAAACCAAAAACUACGAUUUCUAUUAACAAACAUACAAAGCCUAAAGGAGAUAAACCAUCUGAGUACGAAAUUAAUCACAGUACUACAAGUGUAAUAGAGGAUAGCGAUGAUAACAUUAACGAUGAAAUAUCGUUUCCAAAAUCGAAAUCGCCAAUAACCCCAACUCACAAGCUUCCUGUUAAAGCUUCUGCAACAAAACAAGUUGAUGAUUAUCAUUCAAACAGGACCUCUAUUUUAACUUCUGAAUUUAUAGCGUCUGAAAACGAAAAAGAAGUACUAGAUAGAGUUCAAAAAUCUUUACGAAAGCUUUCACCAGAACGUAUAGAGAAACCUUCUAUUCGUGAUAAAAGUCCUUCUAAGUCUACCACAGCUCUUCGUGAUUUAGAAAUUACUUCUAAAUCGGACAAAACUCUCGAAAAUAAAACUAAAAAACAUACCGAAAAAUCAACUACAAACAUUAUUACGGAAGAUGUUGAUUAUGUAGAAAAUCAAAAAAAUGAUAAGCCCAAAGAUCAAAAAAUAUCAAGUAAACCUCCAUCGCGUAAUGUAUCGCCAAUAAAAAAGGUUUCCAACAUAUCUCCGCUGCCAGCAAGAAGUACAUCUCCUAAGAAACCGGUUUCACCAAUUGAACGUCCACAAUCUCCUUCGAUUCCAAAAGUUUGUGGUAUUAAACCAAGAGACACAAUAACUUCUCAUAUUCGCAAGCCUUCGCCAGGGACAAUACCUCAAGCGAAACUGGAAAAACCCACUGUUGUUGACGUUAAAAAGGGUACUACAAAUAUUAACAAGCAACCUAGUCAUUCAACACAGAAAUCUACAACAACUAAGCUUUCGUUAAAUAAGACUCAGAGUGCAUUUAAUAAGUCUAGUGAGCAAGAUCUCAAAAAGAUUCCCGUGCCUAAAGUGAAGGAUAAUCUAAGAAAGGACAAUACAAAGGUGAUGCGUACUGUAAGUGAUAUCACUCUUAAGUCUAAACAAACUUCACCUCAAAGAAUUAAAUCUAAGCCUGAAAUUCAGGUGAACGACAUAUCAACUGGAAAAACAACAAGACAAACACUUACAAGCUCAAAAAUACAAAAAUCUUUACCUAAAGAAUCACAAAUAAAAUUACCAACAAGCAAACCUAAAUCAGCUACUGCGUUAAACACAUCAACAGAUGACGAUGACGUAAUUAUCGAUGUUCAACAAGCAAAAUCUUCGCGCGAGAAUUCCCCAGAUCGUAUUUGUCCAACUCCAGUAGGUUUCACAGAAGAUGUUGGAACUCCGAGAUUUCCAGAUGAAGUAAAUGAACCAGAUGAUGAUUAUCAAAAACGAACUUAUCAAACUAUUCAUGAAGCUGAGUCUAUUGUGGACGAUAUUGUGGAGAUAAGUGAAGAUGACGAAUUAUUUACUAAAAAAACCGAUUUAGAGGAAUAUAUAGAGGCGGAUGAAAGACUUCUCAGUGUCAAUGAUAAAGUAUCAAAGUUUGCCCAUAAAAAUGAAAAUGUUACUAAUGAUACAACGGAACGCUUUAAGGAAACUGAAAGAAAAGCUCAUUCUGACUUUAUGGAUGAAAAUCUAAAAUCAGAUGACUGCUUAUUAUCGGUAUCUGAAAAAGUUAAUAAAUUUGCUAAAGGACCUAUACAUACAAAAGAUAAUAAAAGUCCUUCUCGGAAUAUAGUAGAAGAAUUUGACAAACAUACAACAUACCAAGAUGACUACACAAAACUUAGCGUAAACGAUAAAGCUCAUUUAUUUAUAGAAACAGCAGAAAACGUUAAAACUACAAAACCUAAACCUACACAAAAAAUUGAGCGUCCUGAUUUUAACGAUGUAGAUGACACAUUAAAAAGCGAUGAUUGUUUAUUGAGCGUUUCUGACAAAGUAAAUAAAUUUGUUAAAACGGCAGAACAAUUUUUGAAUGAAACAUAUGAAGAUGAUGAGAAAGAAAAGAAAAUUAAAGAACAACAUGAAAAAAUAAUGAGAAAGAUAGUAGAAAAUAUGGAUGAUACAGUAACAAAAUCACACAAUGAAGAUUCUGUGAAUGACACUAAAUUGUCUAGUAAGAAAUAUGAUAACGAGAAUAGACGAAGUUCUUUAACCAAAGAAACAGUUUCAUCUAAUGCAAAAGUAAAGGAUUACAUCAGCCCUAAUAUCAAACCUACUGAGAAACCUUCUGUAAAAAUAACAACAUUACGAAGUAGCGAUGCAGUGAAGAAAGCUAAAGCAUUGUUUGAAACUAUUGCUUCUACAACUACUAGUACACAUAAAACUGCCGAGACUCCCUCCAAAUCAUCUAAAUUAACAGAUAAUAUUGGAAUGAAAAAACCACCAAAACUAAAUCCUACAAAUGUACAUCCUGCAGAAAAAGGAAAUAACACGGCUAAAGAAAAAGAAAUUAUCAAUCUCUCCACACUGACUACAACAAAAAAAGAAACAUUAAAUGAAGCUGUAACAGAAAUUCAUGAUCAGCGCCAUAUUCGUGAAGAAAAACCCCAUCGAGCUAGUCCAGCGCGCUUAAGACCACUAUCUCCUGAAGUUAUUAAAGCAAAAUCUCCAUGUCACCAAUUAAAUGAUGUAGCUUCUACUGUACAUAGCAACGAUAUUUCCAAACAAAAGCUUCUAGGAUCUGAAAAGUCUCAGGAUAAAAUUCCAGGUUAUCAGCGACCUACAAAAACUAGUCAAAUUAAGGAAGAAACUAAGAUCGUAGAGGAGACAGAAGUAAGUAGCAGACGUGGAAGCGGAAAAUUUGGUGUCGAACUUCGCAGAACAAGUACUGACAGAUCAACUCCUACGAAUGAACGUCGCCGCAGUAGCGUAGAACAUCAUCAGCCCUGCAUCGAAGAUAUAUUUGAUUUGGACCUCCUAGAACAAAUGUUGGAAAAGGUCGUAGGUUAUGAGCAGAGGCGAAGAAUAAGAGCACAAAUAAGAGUAGCGAAGAAAAAAAUAGAAAAAGAACAAGUUGAUACAUCUAAUACUUUAAAAGUAAAACAAUCUGUCUCUAAAACUACAAAAUUAAGGUCACCUGACCGCCAUCAUAAAUCACCUGAGAGAGCUAAAGUUGCGCCACAAAAAACUGUAUCUCCUGACCGUCAUUUAAAAACUACUCCUCACAAGGCUUUCUCUCCCACACGCAAUAUAAAAUCUUCACCACAUACAACUUUACCAUCAGAGCCCAAAGGACUGGAAAAUAAACAUGUAUUGAAUGGACAUGGUAAAGAAACUUAUCUAAAUGAUAACGAAAAGUUCCCCAGGCCACAUAGCCCUGAAAAAAUGUCUACCAAAAUGCCAACUAAAUCCAGGAGUCCAACACGUCAUGCCAGUCCUGAAAAAAAAAGACCUAUGUCACCAACGAAAACAUCUGCAACAAAACCUAAAUCGAAUCGCUUCAAUGAGUACGCUUCCGCUUAUAUGAAAAAAGUGGGGCUUAAGGAUAGUGACAAAAAAAUAGAAAUAAAAAAGAGCCAUGUGGAUGAGCAAAAAACAAAAAAAUCUGAAGUUCUUCACACUGUGGAAACAAAAGUUUCAACAAUUUCAUCCAAAAAGACUUCGGAACGAACUGCGUCACAGGAUACAUUUGAAGUUACUCAUAUUAAUGGAGGAAGAUCUCCAUCACCUGUAAAGCUGACCGAAAAUAGACCACAACAACAAGAAAAGCUUCGUACACUUCAGCGACAAAUCUCCCCCAAGCGUACAAUACACGGUCCUGAACGAGCUCCGCGCAGUCCGGAUCGUAAACGAAGCCCGCAACGAUCACUCAGUCCUGAAUUAAUUCGCCAAAAAUCUGACACUUCUAAAAUUCAAGCUAAAAAAGAAACAAUCAUAAAAACAGUAUUUGAUAUUGAGAAAAAAUUACCACAGAAGCCGAAACAAGAAGAAAAACCAACUUGGGUCAUGAACAGGAACUUAAAGAAGACUUCUGAGACUCGCACCUUCACUACAAAGAAAGUGGAACCUGAGAAACCUAAAUACCGCGCUGUGAGCCCUUCCAAAGUGAUUUCGAAGCCUAUCGAUGUGAUUACAUCUAGUUACGGUCCCGGGCCUCUGGACGCUGAUGGAAGACCACUUUUUGGUAUCAAAGCGCUAAGAAAUGGAGCUAACUAUCAAGUGAAAGGAACAGUCAUUCGUCAAGAGUUCCACUCGCGAAACGGCGGUGAGCCGGAGGGGACGGUCUCCGUGACGGCCUACUCCACAGAGCCCGAAGACUUGGAAAAGUUACUUCAAACUCAAGGAGAGAGACCAUCGAGAAUUCAUGGUCUGGCUGCCAUAACCACUACGAAAAAGUUUGGAGGCGACACCGGCACUACUUUAAGCGAAGUUCAUAAUAAAGAGGAACGGGCGGUUUUAGACCAAUUCACACACAACGAGCGCCGAGUUAUUGAAAGCAAAAUAACAUCCAGCAAUCUUGACACAAAUGAUGACUUCGUACAGAAGGAGAUAUCACAAGUAGAAAACGAAAGAUAUGUACAGGAAGAUAGACAUCACAACAAGGCAGACGAAUUUGAAAAGCACAGCUCAAAAGAAAUAAAGUCUGAGAAGGCAAGUGUGAAACAGAGCAAUAGAAUACAAAUUGAAAAAGAAAAAAGAGUUGAGUUAGAGAGGAGAGAAAAAGAAAAGAUGGAAAGAAAUGAAAAGAGAGAAGACAGAAAGGCGGUGAGACAGAGUUCCGUGAAAUCACUUACUGAGAAGUACAUUAAAAGUGCAAGUGAAACAUCAAAGAGUGAACGCCACGUAUAUCCAAAGGCCGGCCUCAUUCUGCGCACCUCCACAAUGAAAGACAGUGUCUCCAGUCUGACGCGCACAGACAGCGAGCACAGCCUGGGAUCAGAUGAAGAAGUGGUGACAACCACAACAACAGAAGAGACCGACGAUGGCGUAAAAACAACCACGACCACCACCACCCGGUCCGGACACACGCGUGGUCAAGAGCGAUCCUUCCUAGACAGCUCCACUAAGGUCACCGGGGUACAGGACAUUUUAACUAGAAUGAAAAAUGCUGAUAUAGUGAUAGAGGAAGGCGACAGUAGCGCGGACACAGAGGCGCGCGCUCUCCUCAACAAGUUCCUGGGCGCGACCGUGCUCAUGGCCGGCAUGCAGGGCUACGUCACUGAAAAACCCUCGGGAAAGGUGGUAAUCAAAGAGUUAUACAGUGCCAGUUUAGGAUUGCGCUAUUUCUCUACAUUUUUUGUGGAGACAGUACAGACCAGUGGCGGUAAGGUGACCAGCAGCCGUCGCGUAGAGGAGUUUGAUAUCGAGCAGUGCUGGGACGAGCGUGUGCUGCGAAAACUUUUGGACGAGUGCAGUGACUACGAGCAGCGGCGCCGACUGCGCGCGCGCAUCCGCACACUCAUGGCUGAACAAGAAGCAUGCGCAAGUGCGGUGACUGAGGCGCUGGCAGCGGCCGGCGAGACGGUAGACACGGAGGAACAGUCCGGAGAACGCGGUGAGUCUCUUCUUCUGCCGCUGCUGCAGGGACUUCUACAAGGAGGAGGCCAGCGCCUGCUCGCCGGCCUCGGAGCCGCCUCGCACGAUGUGGUCGCUGACGUAAGGCGCUCGCUGCAACGCCUGCGACUCGCACUUGCUCCCCCCAACGAUCAUCCCCAAGCCCGAGCCCUCCUUGCCCUUGCCGAUAGGCUCGAGGACGCUUUAGAUGCAGCAGACAGACUCGACGGAUGCAAGAAAAAACCCAGACGGCGAAGUCGUACCUCCAGGCAUACCGUUGGCGUGACGAGAGAAGAACUCGAAGAGGCUCGACGACUGGUAGAUAGAGAUCAAUUAUUACCCGAUUCAGUAAAACAGGUCACGCCUUCUACUUCAUCUUUUACUUCAUCAGUACCCAGUACUGAGGACCCAUCGACGCCAGAAAGAAAGCAAAGUGUAGAUGAACAGGUCUGUUUUCAUAAUGCCAUUGAAUCGAAAGAAAAGGUCGCACCAAUUGCUCAUAAUGCUAGCUAUGAUAAGAUUCCGAAGAUUAAUAAUGACGUUUGCGUCGUUGAAAGAAGGACAACCGCACCUCGGAAACCAGACUUUUUUAGACAUUCUAUUGCAGAUACAACUCAUUCUGAACAUCCAAAAAGUGCAGCUGAACGCUGGCAUUCGGAAACGAAAAACAGUAUUGCAGCUAUUGCCAAUAAAUUUGAUGCAAAAGUACAAAAGGAAGCUCCGACGCCGGUCAGGCGAGCUCCAAUUAAUAGACCAACAGUAACAAUACAAAAUAAAGAAGAGGAUGAUUUACGCCGUUCGUCGUUUUAUAGACCACCUCCGCCUGGUUAUAACUUUGCAGCACCGCCACCGGCAGAUGACCUGUCUAAACCCUUAAGUCGCUUUAAUAACAAUAAACGCAACCGUAUGAAACGUGCAAAUACUAUAGAUAUUGGUCGCCCACUUGGCGGAUAUAAGAUUGACAGCGACACAGAAGAUGAGAAUAUGUCUAAUUCCACCCCCAAAGUUCCAGAAUUUCAACCACAAACGGAAAAUGAUAGAAAAUUCUUGGCUUUCAUGCAGAAAAAUCAAGAAAAUUAUCGAAAUGGUGUGGUUGGGCAAGCUAAUUGGAACAAUCGAUUUGGUAACAUAAAAAAUACUUUCGAAAGGCGUGAGCGUGAAGAAAAUAAUAGAUCUUCAAGUACUUCAUCAUCAGCUAAGCGUUUCUGGCAAAAUACUAAUGAGUCUUCUUACAAUCCUGCACCACGACCAAGAAAGUUUUUGGCUGACAUCACUCCAGAAAUCGUUAAGCCUCCGUGGGUUUCUCAGCGUAGGGAUUCUUUGCGAUCGCAAGUGCCACAAGCUCCGCCACAAAAGCUACCACAAACUCAACAAUCUGCCGAAUUACAACCACCAAAUAAACAAAUCGUUAAACCUUUUGUUGCUAAGCCAAUACCUGUCAAUCAAUUUUCACACGCACCGAUGUCUGCAUUUAAACCACCAAAGAAAAUUUUAUCCCCUACGUCUGUUUCACCAAAUGUGUGGAGUCCACCAUCUUCUAAUAUCCCCGUGUCACCCUCAAUAGAAAACUCGAUUGCCUUUUCAAGUGUAUUAAAUCCUCUUAGUCCCGCUUCAACUGCACCUUUUAAAGUUUUAGCAUCCGAAGUUAAUAAAACUAGAAAGUUACAGACUGUUUCUAAAUUUGAAAACGAUAAGAUUGAAACACAAGCGAUUUUAAUACCCAAAACAUACGGCUAUCACCAGCCCACACCACCGACUCACGUACCUCAAAAUUAUCCAAUUAAACCGAUACCGAGUCAAAAUAAUUUAGCAGCACCAGAAUUAGUUAAGAAGUUAGAUGAAUCAAAAAUCCUUUUAAGUCCACAAUCCUUACCCCCAAAAAUAGACGCACAGCAGCUCCAAAUUGAAUUUUAUGAGAGGCAAAUCAGAGAGAAACAUCGGCGCGAGGCUUCAAAUGAACGUCGUGAUAUCCCUACCCAUAAACCUCCUGCACCUCCAGCGCCUGUUUAUACUAUAGUUGAUUACACUCCAUCAAGCAUAACUUCUUCUUUCGUGCCCCUUCAGCAGACGCCUGACAUAGAAAAAGCAAAAGCUCACAAAGUUGAUUAUCUCCCAGAUGUUGUAAUGAACGAAACCAGUAACUAUGACUAUCUUACGUCUCCGACGUCGCGAAUUUCUUCAGUUAGCCCGUCAAAGUCAAAAGUCCCUCAGGAAUAUCAAAAUGGAGUGACACAUAAAAACGACUUCGAGGACGGAACAACAACUGAGCACGACAGUGUGGUGACGCGAGUCAUGCGCGGACCGGUGCGAGGUGCAGCCACCAUUACUACUGGCGUACGAACGAGGGGUGCCGCCGACAACCUACGAGGCAUGCUUGACAAAUUCUCCUCUCCGAAGCACGAAGUUAUCUCCCAAAUCGAAAAGAAGAAGCGAGAGAUAGCGCGAAAUCAGGUACGGCUGCCUGCCCCGCCCUCCGCUCGCCCCGGCCUCUCUCCCCUGCACGCCCCCUCGCCACCCCGCCCGGCCCACGCGCCCGAGCACGAAGGACUGCCUCGCUCCCCGGCUGGCCUCCGGAGCCCCGCGCUUGCAACAUCGCGUGAAUCAGUUAUAUCUAGCGAAUCGCUUGGAAGUCGCGGGUCUAGCCCAGGCUCCGCCUUAGCUCGUUCAGGGUCCUGGCAUCGACUCAGUGAGUUCUCUCCUAAGGCAUCUUCGCCAAGAAAAGUUGUCUCUCGCACUAAGUCCAUGCACAUACUGGCGAUACCGAAAUUGUACGAAGGCGGGAUAGCUCACGAGGAGCUCCCAGAAAAGAAGCGCACAGUGGAGGCCUACUUCACGGGGCAGGCGUCGCCGGGUCGCGUGACAGGUGGCGCCGUAGUCGGCCGGGUCACGCGUGCGGCCGGUGUGCGAGUCGCGCCGCCGCCACAGUACGCGCUGGGGCGGAGCCGCACGAUGCCAACGGUGUCGGAGCUGCAGUUCCUAGACGAGAGCAACGCGGACGACGCAUUCGAGGACCUCGUGUCGGCGCUCGCUUGCGUUUCAUUUACAGAAGAGGAAGUAACGACUGUAACAUCGAACGUGAGGAGGAACUCUUCCGAGAAAACCGUUAGCAGUAGCACUACCACUAUUAAAAGUUCAAAAGUGAUUGAGAGCAUGACCCGGCCGGCACCGAAGCCCGUGUCGCCAUUUGCCAAGUUCCGUCAGCUCGAAAAGCAAAAUUCUACUAACAGUCCUAACAUCAGUGGAUUCGAA